AGACAUGUUUCAAUGUGAUGCACACUGGGAGGUCACAUUGAUGUAUUAAACUGUCACCUAGAUGGAAUCUAUAUAUGUCUUAAACGAUGCAGUAUAAUUGCUGGUCGCUUUAACCUCUAUCGGAAUAUCAGCCAUCUUCAGGUGUCUCGACCCAUGGUAGUUUGUUGACGUUCAGCGGCGAUGUACGUAGUUAUCUGGGCAGUCACAUCACACACGGCAAGUCAGAUCACACACGGCAAGUCACAUCACACACGAUAGCUAUGAGAAUCUUAAGGCUUUCCGUAUGUCCUCGCUUCGUCCUGUUGUUAGUGCUGGUGUUUGCACGUGAAGCACGUGCAUAUACCAGCGGCGCUGGUACUACCGGUUGUGCGAGCCUUACACCCAGCCACACGACUACCGCACAGACAACGGAUUCGCCAUUCGUGGUGCUGACGUCGAAGACUACGUACACGGCAGGGGAGACAAUCGAAGUGACGCUGGAGGGGCGAUGCGGGGAGGAGUUUGGAGGGUUCCUGAUUCAAGCUCGUCGGGCGGACCCCAACAAUGACAACGAUGAGCUGAUAGGAGAGUUCACAUCCAUUGACGCUGCAACCACCCAGAAACGCUGCAACAACGGUGAUGCUACAGAACGUGGACUGACACAUAUCAAUAGCAGCCCCAAAUCCAGAUUGACUUUGCAAUGGACGGCUCCUACUCCGGCGACAGGGCACAUCAUCUUCAGAACGACGUUUGUGAAGACUGAACCGGUCUUCUGGGUCGGCGUGACCUCCGCCGUUCUGACUGAUGCCACGGCUGGUGCACUCAGCGUCACCGAGGCGUCGCUGAUGACGGCGACAAUGGCACCUUGCACUUCAACAACAGGAGGGACAACAGUGUCUACGGCGCCUUCGGUACCUUCGGUGGGCAUUUCACGUGACCCCGAAUGUGGGAAGACAAAAGGAUGCUUCGACAAUUGCGACACUGGCUGCACGUUCUCGGUCACGUGGUCUACGGAGGGGAGCAACAUCCGGUUCCAGUACAAGUCUCUCUCAUCCGGGAACUCGUACUUCGCUAUUGGAUUCUCCGGGGACACGUCUAUGGGAGGUGAUAGCGUCACCGAGUGCGUCGUCUUUGGCGGAGUGGUCAAGGCGUUCCAGUCUUUCAACGCCGGCUACUCAAAUUCAAGACUGGCCAGUCCCGAGGAUGGCAUCAGCGGCGUCUCUGGCUCCGUCAACAACGGCGUGUUUGACUGCACCUUCCUUCGCGAGACGGGGGGUACAUCAGACCCUAACUCCUUCAACCUGACACAGGAUUUUUACCUGUUGGCAGCACAAGGCGUGGCCAGUGCCGGCUUUGCAAAAAGCAAACAUGGUUCCCUUCCAACGAUAUCGGCUGCUGUGAUUGACCUUCAGGAGACUUCUAUCAGUGGGGCGGUAACCCUUGAGUUUGUUCUAGUCAAGGCUCAUGGAAGUCUGAUGUCCGUCGCCUGGCUACUUCUGGCCAGUGUAGGGAUGGUCAUUGCAAGGUUCUACAAGCUCAUGUGGCCGGAUACGACCGUCGGUGGAGCCAACAUAUGGUUUCAGGUUCACCGUGCUUGCAUGACCGGCACCCUACUGUUUACAGUCAUCGCUUUCAUACUGAUCUUUGUGGAGGUGGAAGGUUACACCAAGGCUGAAGAACCUGGACAGAAAGCGCAUCCUAUACUUGGUAUAGUAGCCACAAUAUUGGUCGUGUUAAAUCCCAUUAUGGCGUUAUUGAGACCCGGACCAAAAUCAGAAAGAAGAGUUUAUUUCAACUGGGCUCAUUUCCUGGUCGGUAAAGGAGCGUUCCUUGUUGCAGGAGUGGCGAUAUUGUUUGGUAUGAGGAUGCCGAAAGCCAGUGCCCCCCUCUACAUGCCCUUCAUCGUCGCUGGCUACCUCGGCUGGCAUCUGCUCGUCGAGGGAAGUCUGGAGAUCAUCAGGUGCCUUUCCACAAACAAGGGAAAACAACGGGUGAACAACAUCGAUCAGGAGGCCAGCUCAAAGCCACAGUAUGCGACGCUGAUGCUUUUCAUCCUGUGUGCACACAUCUGUGUGGCAGUUGCCUUCGCCUGUACAGUGGUGUGGCUGCUGGCGGCGGUGUGAAGACACAGAUCAGACUGAGAAGACAUUUGUGCCUUGGACUGAGCAUCAAACUCACACAUAAACUGCUUAAUAUACUGUUAAACCUCGACUCGAAGUCAUAACCAACAUAUCGACUUAUCCGUUGGUCGGGACAAGCGGAGUGCCUUAAGCCAUAUAUACAAACAAACAAAAACAAAAAGUUCAGCAUAAGCUUAAUCGGAAAAUAUGAUGCGAGAAGAUUUUUAUUAUAUUAACUGAUAUUAUGGUAACUGACUUCAUGAUGUACAUUUAAAAUGUUGUUCUAUACUCUACUUCUAUGUAAAUAAAUGUAACAUAUUAUUUUAGAUGUUGACUUAAAUUGUUACAUUGAUGUGAAUUUAUGAAUAAGUAUGAAUACUAGGGCACGGGUGCAAUGUUUGGAGAUCUCUAACAAGAAAGCCCCCGCCCCUCACCCCACCCCCGUUUGAUACUAAACAUUAAACAUAAUAAACGUUCGGAAAUGGAUUGGUGAUCGAGUGCACACAACUUUGACUAUCUCAUUUGGUGACAGGGGCGGUGGAGUAGCCUAGUAGUUAAAGCGUUCACUCGUCACGCCGAAGACCUGGGUUCGAUUCCCCACAUGGGUGUGUCCCCACAUGGGUACAAUGUGUGAAGCAUCAUUUCUGGUGUCACCGUCGUGAUAUUCCUGGAAUAUUGCUGAAAGCGGCGUAAAGCCAUACUCACUCACUCACUCAUUUGGUGAUACAAUUUUAACAUUAUUAUACGAUUGCACGUCUCCGAAAAGCUGCAUCCUCGCGUGAGCCGGCGUCUGCAUGAUAUAUUUAAAGUUAUCAUCCUGAUCUCUGUUUAGUAUCCUGUUCAUGAUUCUUUGAUCUUGUUAAUAAAUGUGUCUCUUUGCAA